CCUUUAGCGCGUUCUCGACUCUCGGCAGCAGCAGGGCGGCUUGCACACGCGCUCGCUCGCCGUACAAGACGUUUGUGUGUUGUUCCCUUGCCGCCUGCUUGCCUGCCUGUCUGCCCAACCGCCUGCCAUCGCUGCGACAACGUGCCCAGCGUCGUGCAAUUCGCGAGAGGGAUACCAUUGGGCGCCUAAUUUGCAUACCGUAGCUCCCGGACUGAAAUAGAAUCCGCCGCCACACCAACCAUUCGGCCCACUUUCUCUCUCCCCCCUCUUCAGCGCUCCCUCCUUCUCUUAUUAGGAUCCUCCCCCUCCCCCUCCGCCUCUCCACCAGUUCUCGACAACCACCAGUAACGACGUGUGACGUGUCUUGAUUCCUGCUGCCCUCAUCCUCUCCCAUCCUUUCUCUGUGGAUUGACGUGGUCCGCGACAGAGUCGCCGCAGUCGUCGGCAAGACAAGCACCAUGAGGACGCCUCUCCUGCUUCUCUUGGUUGUGGUGGCGCUGGCCGUCAUCCUACCGGCCGGCCGCGCGCAGAGGAGCCGCGGACAGAGCCAGGCCCGGAGACCGAGCACAGAAGCCCCGGCCUAUGACGACUACUACUAUGAUGAAGAUGGUGCCGACGAAGAGGCUGCCUCCAAGAAGCCUGAGAAGUCUUCUUCAUCCCAAAGCUCGUCUCGCGGCUCGAGCGGAAGCAGCGGAAGCUCGCGCGGAAGCAAGCCAGAGCCUCCGUCAGAUGAAGAUUACGAUGCACCGCCGCCGUCGCCCAAGUCGUCUUCCUCAUCCACGGCUAAGCCUUCGUCGUCGUCCUUGUCUAAACACAAGUCCGGGCCGAGUGCUGAUGCCAAGCCUUCGGCAGCCGCUCCAGCUUCUGAGCCUACUGACGAGCCCGGAGCUGAGGAAGCGCCUCAUAAGAAAGGACCGCUCUCACCCUCGACACUUUUCCUCGCACCGCGCAAGAACAGGCUGCACCGCCCCAAUGUUCACUUCGCGGCCAGGCCUCGGCCAACACUCCCGAGCUUUAUCAAGCACCCACCUCCGCUUGGUGCUAUAUCAACCACAGUGACACCAAAACCGCGCUCGGCUGCCGUCGCUGUCACCGAGGAACCAAAAGUCACACGGUCCACGGCUAAGCCCAAGAGUUCAUCCGCGUCCUCCAAGCGGGGUGGCAAUGGCGGCUUCAGUGGUGGAGCUGCUGGGAGAAAACGCGACCGAAGCACGACGGAAUCACCCGCUUCAACCGACGGUGACAGGAGUAACAGGAGGUUCGGCGGUAAUGGCAAGUCCAAGAACACGUCCAGGCCCAGGUUUCGCUCGGGAAGCUCCGCGUAGGCUGUGAAGAGUGAGAUUCCGUCCACUGCCUGAAGAAUUAGCUGACCGCUCUUCGUUUCUGCUCCACGCCAGCUAGCCGACAGACGAAGGCCACAUUCUUUUUUUUUUUUUAUUUGAGGGGGGGGGGGAAGGGGGGAGGGGUGGAUCACAUCGACGGCUGCUCAGUCGACGUUUCUGUUCAUUUUUUGCCCCUGUCGCAUGGUUUUUGACCGUCUGUGUGUGCCCGCUACGGGGAGUGUUUAUGGGAAUGGCCCUAGUUCCAGCCUGGUGGGAUUGCUUGCGUGCGUCUUCGUGGUGACAAGGAUACGCGUUAGCCAAUAAAUGUGUUGCAGCUGCGUUCUUUUAAUCACGACAUUGACAUCAGCUUUCAUGGAUGUCGUGAUAUGAGUGUCGUCGUGCAUGCCUUCACGGAAUGGCCAUUCUGUGCAGCAUUGUGAAUUAUUUUAGAUCUGAGCAUGGAUCAGGUUAACUCAUUCAGCUCACUACAAAAAUCUAUGUUCUACAUCUGUCUCAACAUGCCUGUACACGCACCUCGCUUCUCUUUUCUUAAGGAAUUCAUCUUACAAAAAAGCAGAGGUCGUGCUACGUGAGGGCCCUUUGUCACGAAUAGCGUUUGCAUUUGUUGUGCCUUUUCUGCAUUUCAUUAAAAUUUAUGACAUUCACAGAACACUGGUGCCGAGCGUUGCUGUCGAUGUAAUUGAACUGAUGCCAAGGUUUGACAGCUACCUCGGCAUAAACAGUUACGACAGCUGAUGUAAGUGUGUAUCGGACAGAGUCACGUAAGGACGAUUGGAUUGAAUAUUGCUGAUACUCGACUAGCAAAAGAAACAUGCCUCACUGCGGCAAUGUAAAAAGAAGGAAAUGAUCAGGACUUGCGUUAAGCAACCAUAGGUUUGUCAGAAAGUGUGAUCAGUUUACUUAUGUUCGGAAGAGUCAGCUCUUUACUUACUUCAACUACUCGCAUUCCCGUGUAUCAAAAUUAUAACAAGCAGUCGCUUUUUUCCUUUCGUUGGGUCUCCAUGAGAAUCAUAUUUAUUGUUGCCAUGUCAGGCCAGCGAAUUAAGCCAGAUCCUUCUAGCACUGGAGCGUUAGCUCGGCCAGUUACGCUUCGUGUAUUCUUUUGUUAGACCAUAUUUAGAAUGUCGCUGAGACUCUCAUACACAGUCUCUGGCUAGCAGUAUUAAGCACAAGGAAAAGCAGUUAAGAUCAAUUAAUUGCGGAGUUUUGAAUACAUAUAGUUUAGUCUGCCCACACCUAAUCUAACUAUAACGUAUGAUUACGAAGUUUCGGGCACCUGCAAUACUACUGUGUCAGCGUAUGUAGACUUUCAGUGGAAAGCCGCAAUGAGUGACCCAAUGGGAGCCAAAAGAAGGCUCAGGAGAAGCCUGCAUGAUGAAUCGGCAGACGGCUCACGGAAGCAAAACGUGCAUUUGUUUUAUGUCUUUCUUUGAUGUCGCUUAGGUAAGUUCGGCCUUGGCACGCCUUUUAACUACUUUCCCAAUAUGCGACUUUUGCGUUCAUAAGCAGACUGACAUUUCUCAGUUCUCUAUUCCUGUGCACGUCAUCAACAAGCGAUGCGAGUGGCCACAAAGAUUCACACUAAAGUGUCACCAGUGUUAGUGGGUAACCGAUCAUUUAAUGUGCCCACGCGACUGGUGCUGCUCAUGUUCAUUAACUGACGAAAGGUACUAUUAUAAAAUAAAAAAUUAAGCGGCAAGCAGAUAUAGGGACAACGGCAAAUUCACGCCAAUUGUGCACCGAAUCUUUAUCCGUUCACACAAACUCUGGAAAUAAAGUGCUAUUCGAUGGUUGUUUCUGAUAGCUAGAUAAGAAGCACUGCACAAGACUUCGAGAAAUGAAAUUGAGGCGGCAGACUGUAAUGGAACGAAACCGUACCAUCGCUAACAAAAUUUAGGGCUCCACUGCAUCAAAGAAAAAUAUAAUUUCUUUUCUGGAUCUGCCGUGUGGCUUGAGUAUCGGGCAGGCACUACAAUGGUCGAACACGCACACGUUCUUUGUACCGCUCUAUCAUAUAUGACAAAAACAUUUUUAUGUUAAUAUUUUUCGCAAAUUUUUGCUCGUGAUUUGUAGGCACACUACCACGUUCCCAUAAUCAAUACAUCAUUCAAAAGAAUUUAAAUAAUUUGUUCAACUUAAAUUUACAGAGCGCACUUAUCGAGCUUUACCAGCAAGAUGCUUUGAAUUUCAUGUUAUGUGAGCUCUGUUAAACUCAUUUGGAGCAAAUAUCAAUCAUAGUGCAACUUACAUUCAACUACUUAAAAAUCACGCUUGCUUGAAAGAUCGGGGUCACCAACAUUAGGUUUAAUUAAAAUUACAAUUAUAGGUAGACGCUCAGCUGAUCCGAGAAACAAAACGUGUUAUAGUAGAAUAGUGCUUGCCCUUGAGCGUGUGAACAAGGCGUUAAAUGUAUCAAAGUAUCUGGACAUCUAAUAUUGCGUAUUCAUCAAGUUCGUUUUAUUUCGUUGACUUUUUUUCACGCAGCUGUGAGAAAUGAACACAAAAAGAUUAUCACCGCCGCCUGUCGUGAAAAAACCAGCUCAACUGAGUUGAUGAUAGGCUAAACACGUGUGCGGAGAUCUGGCAACGUGCCCUGCAAUGAAGCCACCCUGCUUUGCUGUUUGAGCUGAAUUCAGAAGGGAUAGUUGCGCUGAAUAACUGCGUAGCGUACAGUGGUUUUUUUUUUAAGAGUCGAUAAAGCACUUCUGUUCAGAACACAGCCACAAGAGGACACGGCUGUUGUACUUCAGUUUUCAAUAAACAGAGUGAUUGCUCCGAA